AGGAGUUGCGAUAUUUUCAUACUACAAUAUUUUUUAGACGGAGAACUGGGGUGUCAAAAAAUUUAGGGUUUGGAAAAUGAUGAACUUAUGGCGAAUUGCAGCAGGAGGAGGUUCUCUUCAUCUCUGGGAGAGAGGUAUGAAAAUGGCAAGAAUGGCUCCAGCUUCUUCCUUUCCGUAUGCUACUUCUGCUAAGAAACCCGCAAACCGGCGCCGGCAGAUCGAGGGAGCUUUUUCUCCUGAGAAGAAUAGUACUUUGGAGAAGCUGCGGUCACUUAUGGGUGAGACCUUAGAUUUCAUAAUGAGGGAGGAAGAGAAGAAGGGUGCCGUGUCAUUCACUCAUGCGGAUCUCAUCACCACGGCCGAGCAGCUUGACAAGGAAGGCAAACAUGACUAUGCCUUCGAGAUCUUGGAGUGGAUGGAUAGAAAGAAGAUGAGUUUUUCUCCCAAGGAGCUUCAACUUUUUGUUGGUAUUAUUGCCAAGGUUAAAGGCUUAGAUGCUGCUGAAGCCUACUUCAAGAAAGUAGACCCAAACUUCAAGCAGGGGGAUCCUGCUCGUUCCAAGAAUUAUCCUGCUUUCGCGAGACUCGUUAUUUUGAACCAUGAGUUUGAAUUUCAAACUGGGGUAAGGCAAUGGCGUUGUUCAAGAAUUAUCCUGCUGUUCGUCAGUAUCGCAAUGGCGUUGAGCUGGAUGAGUGUUAGUUAAACUAUUAGUUUGGUUGGUUGGUUGGCUUUCAUAUGUACAUCUUUUCCUUGUUUCCUCCUCUUUUCCUUCUUUGUCAUCAUCUUCAUGCCUCUUUUGCUCAGCUUCCUUCUGAAUUAUAUAUGUAUCUCUUCUUAACUGGAUGUGACCAUCUUUAUGUCUAAUAAUAAUAGACCACUCUAGCUACUAGGUAUA